AUGAGCGACUUGGGGCAUGUGUUGUUUGGCGGCGUGGAAGGCACGCUGACCUCGUUUGCUACAGUUGGCAAUGCUAUAUUUGACGGAGUGCCGCCUGUGGAGACGCGUAAACCGGGUGUUAUUGUGGCUGCUGGCACGGUUAGGAUUAGCGCGCCGCUGGGUCGCGAAAUCGGAUACUUGGAAGUAGGCGAAUUCCGCCAACCGCUCUUGCCCCGUAGGCGCGUAUGGCGUAGCUCACCUACUCAGCUUAUUUUUCCGCAGCCGGUUCCCUGCCGCUACUGGCAAUUAGAUGUGGACGCUCCUCCAGCCGCUCACGCUCGCUUGGACGCCAUUCUAAGCGAGCUUUGCAACUUUCACUCGCUUAGCACCGUAGAGCAGCCAGAGCUGGUGGGUUCUGAAGACGAUUUGUACGGUGGCGGAGAGAACGAAAUCUCGCCAAGUCCGCUCGUUCUCGACGCGAUCAAUGCUAUCAAAUUGCGUUCUGUACCGGUUUCUCAAGCCAGUCGCGAGAUAAAUGAUAAAAAAUUGCCACCACAACGCAUAUUGUCGAACUACCUUCCCUUUUCUUCUUCACGAAAACCGUCUGGUCGGGCCGGAUCAGCUCCUCAGGGUGCCCUGGCCGACGAAUCCGCUGAACAAGAGCUGCUGGAGAUUCGCCCAUUCACUGCUCCAGAGGGCGAUUUAAUAACUCCAGAGACCUCUAGGGUCCUGGAUAUUGUCGACGGUCCUGGAUCACCAACCAAAGCUGUGAUUUCUCGCUUCGAUUAUUUCGAAAGUGUGGCGGGGGACCUGGACUCUCAGCCAUUGACACCGUUGCAGCAGUCUCCGAAACUGGAAUCUUUGUUGGACGGCGACGAUUUCGUUCUGGGCGAUCCCAUUGAAAUGCACGAAGAGCUGCAGGCUCGAGCCUUUAUACUUUCGCCAGAACGGCACAAGCCUGUGAAACCGGGCGCCUUUGAUCCUGCAACACCGUUGGACUCUCCACAGCGUGAAUCGCCGAAUAGCAGUUUGAAAACACCCGAAUCAACUCUUGUCAGUGAGCAUAUCUUCUCGCCUACAACGGGACCAUCCACCAGGCACUCUAUUUCGUCCUCAUCAACGUUGGACGAGAUUCUUGAACUGUUCACACCUGAUUUCAAAGAUCUGGACACCAAAUUACCUCCGCUGGACGGACCCACUGUGUCUGAACUAACUCAACGUAACCUAGUUCAAUUCGCUCCGCCGAGCACCUUCCCCGCUCUCGAUCGGCGUGAGAACGUCAGAUUCAGUCACCCACUAAUCCCAACCCCUGCCAAUGCUGUAUCAUAUCGAAUGCGUUCUCCUAGACCAAACCUGCCCCAAAACGUCCACCACGAUGUCACAACAGUUAGUGGGUUCAUAGGCUGGCACUUGAUGAACCGCAUUCUACCUCCUCGAAGGUAA